AUGUCUUUCUUUGGAAUGGGCCGCCCCAAGCUCUCUUCGGAGGAGAAGAUUGCCAUGGCCGAGCAGGAGAUGCGUCUGCUUGCCGACAUGCACAACCGCCUCACCAAGAUCUGCCAACAAAAGUGCCUCCCCGACUACCGCGAGGCCGACCUCAACAAGGGCGAGUCCGUCUGCCUCGACCGCUGCGCGGCCAAGUUCUUCGAAGCGCACAUGAAGGCGUCGGAGGUGAUGCAGGCCGAGAGCCAGAAGAGAGGCGGAGCCAUGGGCGGCGGAAUGUUUUAA